AUGGAGACAACUAUCAUCACAAUGACACAGAUUAAGCAAGAUUCCUACACGUUCGGAAUUUCAGAGAAUUUUGCGGCUCUCCAAAACCCAAUCAAAGAGCGUAAUUCUCCCAGCUCUGAGAAUAAGCAGUGUAAACCAAGAACGCUGAAAAGAGAGCGCUCCAGUAGUCCAGAGCUACUACGGUGUAAGCGCAGACUGAGCUUCAAUAGUCUCGGCUACUCCAUCCCUCAGCAACAACCGGUGGCGGUGGCCAGGCGCAACGAGCGCGAAAGAAACCGAGUGAAACAGGUGAACAUGGGCUUUCAAACUCUCCGUCAGCACGUCCCCAACGGUGCAGCUAACAAGAAGAUGAGCAAAGUUGAGACAUUACGGUCAGCCGUGGAAUACAUACGAGCCCUCCAACAGCUUUUGGACGAACAUGAUGCUGUGUCUGCCGCUUUUCAAUGCGGUCUUCCUUCACCAACGCUCUCCACUGCAUACUCUGCGGAACCAGAGUCUCCUCACUCCUCUUACUCCUCAGACGAGGGGAGUUACGAGCAUCUGAGUUCUGAGGAACAAGAGCUGCUCGAUUUCACAACAUGGUUCGACAGAUACUAG